AAUCAAAGCAUAAGAUGAUCUUCUUGAGAUUGGCACUUAUUAUAUUUUGCACUGCUUAUGUUCUGGCUCAGCAAGUUACAGGAAUAUUUACCCUGUUUGACUCGCUAGAAUACCAACCAGCUGCAAAUUAUCCGGCAAUUUAUCCUCAAAAUCCUAGUUGGGUAGCUACUUUAGGCUGGAGUAUUGAUGGAAGCAAAGUUUCUGCUGGAGAUACCUUCACUUUAAAUUUACCUUGUGUUUUUAAAUUUACUACAGCAUCUACUUCAAUUAACUUACAAGUAAAUUCUCAAGCUUUUGCUACAUGUAACUUUGUGGGAGGAGACAUUGUUUUGGCAAGCUCAGAAUUAGCUUGUACAGUUACAAAUUUAGUUACCUCUUCGACUGAGGCUACUGGAUCAAUUUCUUUCCCUGUUGCUUUCAAUGUUGGUGGAUCUGCAUAUCAAGCUUCCAUGGAUGAUUCUACUUGUUUUACUACUGGUACAAAUACUGUUACAUUUUAUGAUGGAGACAACGCUCUCUCGACUACUGCCGACUUCCAAGGAGGUGCAGCCACUUCAUUUGAUCCUAAUAAUAUCGUUGUCGCCAAUACUUACGUUCCUUCAGUGAAUCAGAAUUUACAUUUUUUGGAAGCUGGAUCAUGUCCCAAUGGAUAUAAGUCAGGUACCUUGGCAAUUACAAUCACAGGUGGUAGCGCCGGCAUGAUCUGUCAGUCAGCCCAAUACAAUAUGACGAACGAGAUUAAUUCUUGGUACUAUCCAGAAAAUGCUUCUCCUUUGCCAUCUGGUUACAGUGUAUCUUGUAAUCUGAAUACAUUGACGGUUAACUACAAAAAUAUUCCUGCAGGUUAUAGACCAUUCAUUGACGCACUUGUUUCUUAUACUGGAACUGUUUCUGCAACUUAUACCAACAAGUAUGUUUGUGCAGGCACAUCUAAAACCAUUGAUAAUUCAGUUACUAUUAACUGGGAAAAAUAUAAUGAUGGUGUUACUGGAGGUAAUGGUAAUGUCGUUAUCUUUGAGACAAAAACAUGGACAGGACCUACCACUCAAAUAACUACCUUACCUUAUAACACCAACCCAGGCAAUACUGAAACAAUUUUAGUACAAGUUCCUAUUCCAACUACUACCAUUACCAGCACCUGGACUGAAAGUUAUGGAACUACAACCACAAUACCUGCCACUCCUGGUAACACUGCAACAGUUAUAGUCGACGUUCCAAAACCUGUUGUAACUACUACUAUUACAUGGACCGGUUCAGGUACUACCACCACUACUGCCGUUGCUAGUUCCGGUGGUACUGACACAGUUAUCGUCGAAGUUCCAAUUCCUACUACUACUUUGACUUCCACUUGGGGUCUGUCAUACACUACUACUGAGACUAUUCCAGGUACCCCAGGAGGUACUGGAUCUGUCAUAGUCGAUGUUCCAACUCCUACUGUAACUACUACUAUUACAUGGACUGGAUCCAGUACCACUACCACUACUAUCGUUGCUAGUUCCGGUGGUACUGACACAGUCAUCGUCGAAGUUCCAAUUCCUACUACUACUUUGACUUCCACUUGGGGUCUGUCAUACACUACUACUGAGACUAUUCCAGGUACCCCAGGAGGUACUGGAUCUGUCAUAGUCGAUGUUCCAACUCCUACUGUAACUACUACUAUUACAUGGACUGGAUCCAGUACCACUACCACUACUAUCGUUGCUAGUUCCGGUGGUACUGACACAGUCAUCGUCGAAGUUCCAAUUCCUACUACUACUUUGACUUCCACUUGGGGUCUGUCAUACACUACUACUGAGACUAUUCCAGGUACCCCAGGAGGUACUGGAUCUGUCAUAGUCGAUGUUCCAACUCCUACUGUAACUACUACUAUUACAUGGACUGGAUCCAGUACCACUACCACUACUAUCGUUGCUAGUUCCGGUGGUACUGACACAGUCAUCGUCGAAGUUCCAAUUCCUACUACUACUUUGACUUCCACUUGGGGUCUGUCAUACACUACUACUGAGACUAUUCCAGGUACCCCAGGAGGUACUGGAUCUGUCAUAGUCGAUGUUCCAACUCCUACUGUAACUACUACUAUUACAUGGACUGGAUCCAGUACCACUACCACUACUAUCGUUGCUAGUUCCGGUGGUACUGACACAGUCAUCGUCGAAGUUCCAAUUCCUACUACUACUUUGACUUCCACUUGGGGUCUGUCAUACACUACUACUGAGACUAUUCCAGGUACCCCAGGAGGUACUGGAUCUGUCAUAGUCGAUGUUCCAACUCCUACUGUAACUACUACUAUUACAUGGACUGGAUCCAGUACCACUACCACUACUAUCGUUGCUAGUUCCGGUGGUACUGACACAGUCAUCGUCGAAGUUCCAAUUCCUACUACUACUUUGACUUCCACUUGGGGUCUGUCAUACACUACUACUGAGACUAUUCCAGGUACCCCAGGAGGUACUGGAUCUGUCAUAGUCGAUGUUCCAACUCCUACUGUAACUACUACUAUUACAUGGACUGGAUCCAGUACCACUACCACUACUAUCGUUGCUAGUUCCGGUGGUACUGACACAGUCAUCGUCGAAGUUCCAAUUCCUACUACUACUUUGACUUCCACUUGGGGUCUGUCAUACACUACUACUGAGACUAUUCCAGGUACCCCAGGAGGUACUGGUUCUGUAAUAGUCGAUGUUCCGCAACCACAUACCACCAUAACUACUAGCUGGACCGGUAUUUAUACUACUACUGUUACUGAAAGUGGAAGUGACACCAUCACUGUGAUUGUUGAAACUCCAAUUGAACCAACCACCACCAUCACUACAGGUUGGACUGGUAUUUAUACUACUACUGUUACUGAAAGUGGAAGUGACACCAUCACUGUGAUUGUUGAAACUCCAAUUGAACCAACCACCACCAUCACUACAGGUUGGACUGGUAUUUAUACUACUACUGUUACUGAAAGUGGAAGUGACACCAUCACUGUGAUUGUUGAAACUCCAAUUGAACCAACCACCACCAUCACUACAGGUUGGACUGGUAUUUAUACUACUACUGUUACUGAAUCUGGCUCUGAUGUUGUGACUGUGAUUGUUGAGACUCCAAUUGAACCAACCACCACCAUCACUACUGGCUGGACUGGUAUUUAUACUACUACUGUUACUGAAAGUGGAAGUGACACCAUCACUGUGAUUGUUGAAACUCCAAUUGAACCAACCACCACCAUCACUACAGGUUGGACUGGUAUUUACACCACUACUGUUACUGAAAGUGGAAGUGACACCAUCACUGUGAUUGUUGAAACUCCAAUUGAACCAACCACCACCAUCACUACAGGUUGGACUGGUAUUUAUACUACUACUGUUACUGAAAGUGGAAGUGACACCAUCACUGUGAUUGUUGAAACUCCAAUUGAACCAACCACCACCAUCACUACUGGUUGGACUGGUAUUUAUACUACUACUGUUACUGAAUCUGGCUCUGAUGUUGUGACUGUGAUUGUUGAGACUCCAAUUGAGCCAACCACCACCAUCACUACUGGCUGGACUGGUAUUUAUACUACUACUGUUACUGAAUCUGGCUCUGAUGUUGUGACUGUGAUUGUUGAAACUCCAAUUGAGCCAACCACCACCAUCACUACUGGCUGGACUGGUAUUUAUACUACUACUGUUACUGAAAGUGGAAGUGACACCAUCACUGUGAUUGUUGAAACUCCAAUUGAACCAACCACCACCAUCACUACAGGUUGGACUGGUAUUUAUACUACUACUGUUACUGAAUCUGGCUCUGAUGUUGUGACUGUGAUUGUUGAAACUCCAAUUGAGCCAACCACCACCAUCACUACAGGUUGGACUGGUAUUUAUACUACUACUGUUACUGAAUCUGGCUCUGAUGUUGUGACUGUGAUUGUUGAAACUCCAAUUGAACCAACCACCACCAUCACUACUGGCUGGACUGGUAUUUAUACUACUACUGUUACUGAAAGUGGAAGUGACACCAUCACUGUGAUUGUUGAAACUCCAAUUGAACCAACCACCACCAUCACUACAGGUUGGACUGGUAUUUACACCACUACUGUUACUGAAAGUGGAAGUGACACCAUCACUGUGAUUGUUGAAACUCCAAUUGAACCAACCACCACCAUCACUACUGGCUGGACUGGUAUUUAUACUACUACUGUUACUGAAUCUGGCUCUGAUGUUGUGACUGUGAUUGUUGAGACUCCAAUUGAGCCAACCACCACCAUCACUACUGGUUGGACUGGUAUUUACACCACUACUGUUACUGAAAGUGGAAGUGACACCAUCACUGUGAUUGUUGAAACUCCAAUUGAACCAACCACCACCAUCACUACUGGCUGGACUGGUAUUUAUACUACUACUGUUACUGAAUCUGGCUCUGAUGUUGUGACUGUGAUUGUUGAAACCCCAAUUGAACCAACCACCACCAUCACUACAGGUUGGACUGGUAUUUAUACUACUACUGUUACUGAAUCUGGCUCUGAUGUUGUGACUGUGAUUGUUGAAACUCCAAUUGAGCCAACCACCACCAUCACUACAGGUUGGACUGGUAUUUAUACUACUACUGUUACUGAAUCUGGCUCUGAUGUUGUGACUGUGAUUGUUGAAACUCCAAUUGAACCAACCACCACCAUCACUACUGGCUGGACUGGUAUUUACACCACUACUGUUACUGAAAGUGGAAGUGACACCAUCACUGUGAUUGUUGAAACUCCAAUUGAACCAACCACCACCAUCACUACUGGCUGGACUGGUAUUUAUACUACUACUGUUACUGAAUCUGGCUCUGAUGUUGUGACUGUGAUUGUUGAAACCCCAAUUGAGCCAACCACCACCAUCACUACUGGUUGGACUGGUAUUUAUACUACUACUGUUACUGAAUCUGGCUCUGAUGUUGUGACUGUGAUUGUUGAAACUCCAAUUGAGCCAACCACCACCAUCACUACAGGUUGGACUGGUAUUUAUACUACUACUGUUACUGAAUCUGGCUCUGAUGUUGUGACUGUGAUUGUUGAAACUCCAAUUGAGCCAACCACCACCAUCACUACUGGCUGGACUGGUAUUUAUACUACUACUGUUACUGAAAGUGGAAGUGACACCAUCACUGUGAUUGUUGAAACUCCAAUUGAACCAACCACCACCAUCACUACAGGUUGGACUGGUAUUUACACCACUACUGUUACUGAAAGUGGAAGUGACACCAUCACUGUGAUUGUUGAAACUCCAAUUGAACCAACCACCACCAUCACUACAGGUUGGACUGGUAUUUAUACUACUACUGUUACUGAAUCUGGCUCUGAUGUUGUGACUGUGAUUGUUGAAACUCCAAUUGAGCCAACCACCACCAUCACUACAGGUUGGACUGGUAUUUAUACUACUACUGUUACUGAAUCUGGCUCUGAUGUUGUGACUGUGAUUGUUGAAACUCCAAUUGAGCCAACCACCACCAUCACUACUGGCUGGACUGGUAUUUACACCACUACUGUUACUGAAAGUGGAAGUGACACCAUCACUGUGAUUGUUGAAACUCCAAUUGAACCAACCACCACCAUCACUACAGGUUGGACUGGUAUUUAUACUACUACUGUUACUGAAUCUGGCUCUGAUGUUGUGACUGUGAUUGUUGAAACUCCAAUUGAGCCAACCACCACCAUCACUACUGGUUGGACUGGUAUUUAUACUACUACUGUUACUGAAUCUGGCUCUGAUGUUGUGACUGUGAUUGUUGAAACUCCUUAUAACCCUAGCGUGGUGAGUUCCAUUACAGGCGGAUACUUCAAUAGUUCAAGUGUAUUGAGCACUUCUAUUGCUGCAGCUUCAAGUAUUGAGAAGGGUACUGUAACCGUCACUACUGGUUGGUCAGGAAGCUUUACUUCAUCUUAUACCGAAACUGGCAGUUUAACAGAUACUGUUGUGGUUGAAGUACCAACAGCAACCUCUUCAGUUCAUAGUAGUGACAAUGCGGGAAAAUCAGAUUUGUCGAUUUAUAGUUCAGCCACUACAUUAUCCACCAGUAUCUACUCCGGAGCCCCAUCUCUGUCAAACAAUGAAGAAAUUGGGCAAAGUGGAGGUACUUCGACUAUAAGUGACAGCCUUUUAAGUACCUCUGUGGGUGAAGAGACUUCAUCAAACACCGAAGUCAAAUCUAAUAAUAAUUCUGUUUCCAAAACAUCUGAAGGCUCUUUAGUAGCAGCAAGUACUUCGAUUGCAUCAACUAAUGAUAAUGAUAACAAAGUAACUGGCUCUUCUACCCCUUCAAUUUUAUCUGCAACUGUGACUGUACCAUGGACUGGAUCUCAUACUACUAGUCACUCAGUUACUCAAGUUGAAAGUGCUGCCACUUUAGUGACAGACAAUGAAGGUAAUAUUAUUACCUCUACUGGUAUAUCUUCAGUUGUAAGUGUUAUUAUUGAAGUACCAUCUUCGGCUUACAGUAAAUCGAUUGAUACUGAAUCCACAAGAUCUUCCAUUACAAUUAAUACCGCUACACCAUCUUUGUCUCAACAGUUAGAUUCAAGUUCUUCCAAUUCACCAACAAAUCCAAUAAUUAAUACCUACGAAGGUUCUGGAUCCAUUAAGAAGAUUUCAUCAUUUUUCAUUAUUUUUGUCAGUAUCUUGACGUUAUUAGUUUGAAAAUAAUAUUUCUGUAUUUUUAUUAUCAUAUUUAUAUUGUUUCUUUAUUUCGUUACAUUAGAUUUAACUUUGUAUAUAAUUUUCUCCUUUCGGUAUUUUUUUUUUAUUGAUCUUAAAGGAUUUAUUUCUUUGAUUAUUUGUGGUUAUAUUUUAUAGAGAUUAAUAUAUUCAUAAAUUUGUAU